CGCGGGCACCUCCAGCACCGGAAGCGGGUGUUGUUAGGGAGCGGGGGGAGCGGAAUCGUGUUGAGAAAAGGCAACUAUCGGGGAAAGGAGCAAAAGACAGCGGGUGAGUGGCUGGAGGAAAGGCUGAAGCGGCAAAGGUUGAAGGGGCGAUGCUGCCCAGUAAGUACCGAGCUCGUCUGCUCGGGAACCCGAUAAACACUUGCAGUCUUCAGUUAACCGUGCAAGCUUCAACUGUUGGGGACCGAUUAUCCCAGAAGCAGCAGGUUGACUGUAGGUUAAACAAGGAGCUACUUCCCGCACAUAAUAAGGUUUUAAAUGUAGAUGGUGACAAGAACUUUCUUUAUAAAUCAGACUCAAUAUGCCACGAUGAUCCAACUCACUACUACUCGGAAUCAGUGUCGCGGGUAACAGCUGGAGAUAUGCCGUCAUAUGUUCCCCUUUCAGUAAAAUGCAAGUCACGACAGGGCUCUCGUAGCGCUGUACCUUCCCCAUCUCACAGUCAAGGAACUUUGCCAUACUUACCAGGUGACCACGUAAUUUUUUCUGAGACACCAUCAACUCCUGGAAUUCCUGUUGUGUACCGCACACCUGAGGAAAGGGCAGAACAUUCUGAUCGGCUAAAUUUAGAUAGGCGAAACCUGACAGUCUGUCCAAUUCUGGAGGGUGAGCAGCAACUUCGUUUGUUGAAUUUCCAGCACAAUCUCAUCACUCAAAUCCAGCACCUUUCCAAUCUACGACGUCUUAUUUUUUUGGACCUUUACAACAAUAGGAUUGAGGAAAUCUCUGGUCUGUCUUCUCUGAAGUCACUUCGUGUCCUUAUGUUGGGCAAAAACAGAAUCAAGAACAUUUCUAAUCUGGAGAGUCUCACUGAUCUUGAUGUUCUGGAUCUGCAUGCAAACCAGAUCUGUAGGAUGGAAAAUAUCAAUCAUUUAACUGAACUUCGAGUGCUUAACCUUGCGGGUAAUUUCAUUGUUCAUGUUGAAAACAUGAGUGGUCUUGAUUCACUGACAGAACUAAAUCUCAGACGGAAUCGCAUUGAAUCUGUGAGAGAUGCAGACACAUUACCUAGACUCCAAAGAUUUUUCCUCAGCUUUAACAACAUAUCCAGGUUUGAAGACAUUGCUUGUCUGGCAGACUCUUUAUCACUCUCAGAGGUCACCCUGGAUGGCAAUCCCAUAGCUCAGGAGUCAUGGUACAAGCAUACGAUUCUCCGACACAUGCUGCAGCUCCGACAGCUGGAUAUGAAGAAAAUCACAGAGGAAGAGAGGAGAAUGGCAUCGGUCAUGGCCAGAAAGGAAGACGACAAAAAACGUGAAAUACACAAGCAGGCAAUUCUGAAGGAGAAACGACGUUUGGCUAUUAGUAAUGCUGCCAGACAGUGGGAGAUCCAGCAGACGGUUGCUGCCAUCAAGGAUGCACAACAGGAACAAGUGAAAUCUCUCAGCACAGCCAGUAACAUCAGUAUUCGUAAACCGUGUCACAUCAAUGAAAGUGAACAGGAACUAUGGCCUAAUGAAUCAAGCCAAUUAAGUCCAAAGAACAAUAUUGAAAAGGAAGCAGUAGAGAGCAACAAACAAGACUUCUCAAAAUCUGAAAAGUCCAAUAACAUGAGGUCUCCUGAUGGGAUACUGACUUGUACAGUGCAAGGUUUGUCCAUCGCAGACUCUCACCUGGCUGAACUGGAAGGGGAUACACUGCACUUGUACGGGUUUGGUGCACUGGAAUCUCUGGAUCGCAGCUGGGGUGUUCAGGCAGCUGGGACUGUCACAACUGUCUCUUUCAUGUUCAUAGACUUUGAUGAGAUUGCAGCAGUGUUACCACGAUUAAGGAUUAAAUUUCCAAAUAUUUUGCACUUAAAGUUCCAAGAUACAAAUCUCCACAAAUUGCAGCAGUUUAAUGCCCUAGCACUGGGCCGCCGAUUAGACCAGCUCACUGUGAGUUCUCAGGGAAAUCCAGUGGUGAACUUCAGCCUUUGGAAAUACUAUGUCCUCUUCAGGCUCAACCAUUUCUGUCUACAAAAAAUAAAUGAUAUGGAGGUAACUCCCAUGGACAUAGUAAUGGGUGAACGACUCUUCGGAAUUUUGGCACGUGUAGCUGCUUCAGAUCUCCCUCAGCCUCGCUUGCUUUCAUUAUUGGGAGAAAUCAAGAAGAAACAGCUGCAUUUCAUACUAGAGGGAAAAGGAAAGAAAUCUGGGGUAACCCUGGAGGAGUCUAAGGACAGCAUAAAGCUUGGAGGUGAGACAGUGGGCCGAGCAAUUAUGAAUUACUCUAAUAAGGACAUCACCACUGAACAAUUCAAGGAAACAAAGACGUUUUGCCAAGUAUAUGUGCAGGAACUGGUUAAAGAUGCUGCUCUUAUUGAUGUUAAAAAUGAAUCUCUACAGAAACUCUGGCCUCAGAUUUUCAUUGAACUUGUGCGGGAUUGUGUAAUCCAGAUGAGCAAUAAAAACUCACAUAUGAAGCUAUGCCUGAAAAACAUAAUGGACCAGAAAUGAAGAGAGAACACAACCCCGUUUUAGCUUUAGUUCAGCAUCAUCCAUCCUCUGCCACAUGACCUAAUGCAGUCAAACCUGAAUCACAGAAUCUCCACUUAUAAAGAUUAUUGGCUACAAAGUGCUUUUUCUUCAGGAUUUGUGUUUCGUUGGAACAAAUGUUGUCAAAUCACAUACUUUCACAAAUUGUGAUUAAGUAACUAAAACAUGAGAUAUAAUGAGAGUGCGCAUGAGAAAAGGAAGCCAAAGCCAUUCUUAAACUAGUCUUCCAUCUUCAGCUGCUGAUGUAUGCUAAGGGCACUCCAGCAGGACACUGUUCUCUGGAAGUCAGGGACUUGUGCAGUGGUAACAUCCAGUUUUAUCUGCGGACUUUAUUCAUUUGUGGGACUAACUUGAAUAUUUGUUUCUAAUACUUUGUUAAGGUGUGUUGCAACCUAGGAGUACCUGUAAUUAGAGUUUACAAACUGUUUAUUCAGUCAGUUUUCUCUCUUUGUUAACUGUGUAGCCAUGUGGAAUCACACUGCACGUUGGGGAUCUCUGGUUUGUUACAAGACCUUAAGUCCCACAGCUUAAUUAUGUAUUUUGAUGAAUUGUAUAUCAGAUGUGGCUCAUUGAUAGUACUCUCACCUCCCAGUCAAAAAGUACUGAGUUCAUUCCAGAGACUUGAGCAUAAAAAUUAAGGCUGGCACCCCAGUGCUGUACUUGAGUACUACAUUGAAAAAGCACCAUCUUUUGAAGGGACAUUAAAACAAGGCUGCCUCUGUCUCCUCAGGGGAGCGCAAAAAAUUCCAUGGAAUUAUUUUAAAGAAGAGGAAGUUUGUUAUUGCUGGUGCCCUGGCCAGUAUUUAUUCCUACAGACAAUAUCAGAAAAAUAAAUGAUCUGAUCAUUAUCACAUUGUUGUUUCUGGAAGCUUUCUGUGUAUAAAUUAACUACCAUGCUUCCUACAUUAAAACAGAUUUCCAAAUGUCUUUCAUUGACCGUAAAGGAUGUUGAGAUGUGGUCUUGAAAGAUACCGUUUACAGGCAAGCUUUGCUUUUUAUUCUCUGGGGUGACCUUUUGUCUGGUUUUAAACUGGAUGGUCCAUUUUCAGUAAAACCCUGUUGAAUAUAGGACUUAAAAACUGAACAGAAAUUUACUUGCCUAACUUUUUAAGUUUUAACAAAACGUCUAAAUCUGUCUCAAGGUCAUGUUUGUAUGACUGAACUCGUUUUGUGUUUAUUCAUUUGAGAUUGGGCUUGUUUUACAUAUUUGCAAAUGGAUCUAUUCUUUGUGCUCUGGUUUUCUUUAAAGUUCUCUCUACCAUCUGGCUUUGGAAUAGGUACAAACUGGAAGUGUGAUUUCAUACACUAAUUGUGCUUCAUAUUCUUUACAUUGUUUAUCUGUUAAAUGUAAAGAAUGUUUUUAUAGCAUAUGCUCACUAAAUCCAUUUCACUUAGCUGAACGAGCCUUGAUGCUGGACUUUGGUAUCUUUGUGUAUUUUAACAGACUAUUGCAGGAAAUCUAGCAAGUUGUAGACACUGCUGAGAUAACGUUUAAUGUUUUAAUACAGCCGUAGUAACAUCAGCAAAUUUUCUGUAUCUCAAUCCUAUUCCACCAUUCAGUUUAGUCAUAGCUGAUCUGUAUCUCAUUUAAUUACAGACCCUGACUCAACCACAAUAUAUCAAUCUUGUCAAAAGCCAGGCAUUUUUGGUACCUGUGCUGCUAUUUGACACUACUAUGUUAAAAUUUAAAAUUAUCCAAUGAUGUACAAAUUACAAACUCAAUUAAUGACAAAUGUUUCAAUGUCAAAACUUAACAUCAGCCAAUUAUUUUGUCAUCAAACCACACAUUAUGAAUUUAAUUUGGUGUAGUGCACUUUAUUUUUUGAUUCAACAUUGCACGGACUUAGUCCCAAUGUGGCACUGCACAUAUUAAAUCAUGUUACAUGCUCUGUGAUGUUGUGCACGUUUGUUCUGAGAUUUUUCAGUUGAAAAAAAGCUAAGGUGUGCCUCUUUUAAGCAGAUUGGUUGGAAAUUGAAUUAUUUUGCCUAUAAUUUGUGGUUGGCCGAAUGGGAAUUGGUUGUGCAUAUAUGAUGGUAGCUGUGCACUAAUGAGAUUGCUAUCUAUGGUGCAAAGGCCCAGAAUUAACCAGAAUGCAAUAGGACUUUGUAGUUUAUUAAAAUGUCUGUCAUAACAGUAAUUAUUAGAAUAUUUAAUUAAAAGUUACUCAACUGAUACCAUUCUGAUUUUGAUAAUAAAAUAUUGACACUUAAGUACUACAAACAAUUCAAAUUUUAUAUCAGUACCUGUUAAUGGAUAAGCUGUUUCAUUAAUGUAAUGCGCUGGCAAUGAUUUUCCUAAGUACCUAUUUGCUAGCUCAUUGUUUAUUUCUUCACCUUUCU